AUGUCCGUGCGAGGUGGAGUUCGGAUUAGUACUCCCCAGCCAUCAAGUGGCAGCCACUACCCGCCACUUCAGGAGGAAGAGGACCCGCAGAUGGGUGGUCCAACAAGCCCUAUACCAGAUGUCAACUCAGUACCUGUGGUACCACCUUUUGGUUUCGAUAACCCAAUUUCUGCAUAUGCUGGGUCAGCGGCAUACAAGCCCUUCGAGCAGCCGGCGCACACCCACUACAACUACAACUACAACUACGGUUAUGCAGAGGUAGGUCCGUAUCAGGUAGCUCGGGAUUACAAUGCCCUUCACCCUGAAGGACCAUACGGAGGGCCAUGGACUACUGGUUACCCGACUUAUGGGUACCAGCAUCAGCCACCUCCUCCACCGGUGUACCAGCCGCCACAACCACAGAUAAUUCCUCCAGAACGCCAGCAAGAAGUCCUUGAGAGACUAGACCGUUGUGAACGGGAAAUUCAGACUGAGCGCAGACACAACAGAGGAUUCUUCAAAGGACUAUCAGAUCUGAUCAAGGGAAAGUCCAAAAGGAGGGACUAUUGA